UUCAUGUUGGGCAAACUUCUCUUUUUAACACGGAAGACUCUGGAGCUGUGAUAGAGCUUGAUUCUGGAAAACGCUAUUACUACCGAUUUGCUCAAUCACGUGGCUACGCUAUCCGCGAAACCAAGUGUUUUCGGCGUGAUCGCUGAAUUCUGCUUCAAGAACGGACGCGUCGCACAUUCCAUCAAUGUGUGUUAGACUUUGCGACAUUUUAUCUCUUGACGCUCAGGUUUAGCUUUGGAAAAUCGAUAAUUUAGGAUCGGAGGACAUAGUUUUUAUCCUGUGAGGUGGCGAGUGUAGGAUUAUUUCUACUAUUCUGUCCUCAGGCGCUUGAAAUUGUGUAAUCAAAAUAUCUUCAAGAAGCCAUGUCAGGAUAUUGCGGAAUGUCUUUACCGGCGCCAAGUAUUCCAACACCUCGAGGCUUAGAAGCAAUCUACUCCACUCUAAGACAAAUCUAUCCUGAUCAACCAAAUCCACUACAAGUUACUGCCCUGAUAAAAUACUGGCUUGGUGGUCCUGAUCCCCUGGAUUUCAUCAGCAUGUUUAACAAUCCUGGUAGCCCAAUGGAGGGGAUUCCCUCACACUGGCACUAUAUCUCAGCCGGGCUAUCUGAUCUCCAUGGUGAUGGACGUGUUCAUGAAGUCAAAAGGCGGGAGAGUCCAAGUGGGUUUGGUUUUGAGCUCACCUUUCGUCUGAAGAAGCAAGUUGGAGAGACAUCACCACCCAGCUGGCCAGCAGAAUUGCUCCAGUCACUUGCACGCUAUGUGUUUCAGACAGACAAUAUGCUAGUGAGUGGAGACCAUGUUUCCUGGCAUCUCCCAUUAGACCAGACACCCUCUGCCGCUGGACAAUAUAACUGUAACCCAUCCCAUAUACAACACAUGUUGAUGGUAGAUGACCCUCGGAUACCAGUUAUUUCAGGUCCCUUGGGAUCAGUUCGUUUCAUUCAGGUAGUUGGAAUUUGCACAGAGGAACUGCAAGCUGCUCAACAUUGGAAUGGCAUUGCUGUGUUGGAUCUUUUGAAACAAGUACCUCCAGCUGGUGGACCUUGGCUUGUGACUGACAUGGACAGGAUAGAAUCAAUUUUUGUAAUUAAACCCUCCUUGCAGGAAACAGUCACAAAUGGAAUUGAGAAAGAGGGUUCCAAUCUAAGUGGUGUCAGUGCUAAAUGCUGGUGGGAGGAAAGCUUUGUAAACAAUUCUACCAGCCAGCAAGCAAGUUUUCCUUAUGGAUCAUCACAUGAUACCCAGACUGGGAAGGAUUUGACCACACGUUUCCCUGUCUUACCACCAAUACGCACUGGGUCUUCCUUUACAUCAAACAGGGCCACAGAUGGUGUGACAACUGAAGGACGCUCUGCUUGUAGUAGUGUCGUCAGUGAAAUUUCUCGUACACGAACUCUGCGAGGUAUUCAUCUUCGGUUUGGUUUGGAGGCCGCCAUGCUGUUACCACUAGCUCUGAGGGGUCGGCUCAAUCAUGGACGACACUUCACAUUCCAUAGUUCAGUGAAUGACAUGGCUGUCACAUUUCUUAGUUCUAAUGUAACUGGGUCCAUUGCUGAUAAUGAGCACAGGUUUGCUGCAUGCGGAACUUGGCUUCAGGUUCUGAUAACUGAGGACUUCCUACAAACACUUGACAGAGACCUGGAUGUUUUGACAAGGCCCAACGAGCUUGUCCUUCCAAGAGAAUAUCGCUGGCCAAGAUAUGGAAUGAUCAUUUCUGUCCUUCCAGAUAGUAACUAGCCAGAAAGCCAUCAAAACACCUUGGAACAGGUGGUUAACUCUGACAUUGUUUGACUGAGCUGAGAAAAGCUGCCAGAGGAACCUCACUCCUCUUGGGCCUGGACACGAGUGGACAAUGCUGAUACACAGUGUUUUUCCCCAUGAGAUGCUGCUGACUUAAAAUUGUCUGUUAGUUUUUUGUCAAUUUUUUUCUUUUUAAUUUCUCUUUGCGAUAGGAAAAUACCACACACACAAACAAAACAACAGAAAAUGCUACAUACACAAACCAAAAACAGCCUAAUAUCCAGAACCCUUAGCUAGGCCCAUUGUGUACAGCAUAAUAUACAGAAAAAUGAACAUUCUCCCCAAAUAUGAAAAUUCUUUCUGACAAAGGUUAAGAAGAAUAUAAAUUGUGGUAUAAUAGUAAUGAGGAAAGGUGUAGAAAAAUCGAAAAUGUACGAUCACCAACCUUUUGAUGAAAUCCUUCAUGCAGUCUUGCAGAGUUGUUUGAAAUAUUUUUAAAAUCAGGGCAUUCCCACAGAGUGAUGAUGGGGCCAUCAAACUUCCUGAAUGCUACCAUGUUUGUAAAUUGACAUGUUUUUACUAACUUAAUUAUGAUACCUGAAGAGGCACUUGUUUGUGUGAUGACUUUUAAAAUACCGAGAGCCUAUCAGUCUGAAGUAAGAGCAUAUAAGCAAAGGAGUGCCACCUUGUCUUUAAACCUUUCACUGAGUAUUUUCACGAGUUGUGCAGUACUUUGAAGAGCCCACAAGGCCAGACAAAUACAAAGAGUUUUACAAGCAUUAUGAAAUUUUCCUUCAUUCUUCCUCUGUGAAUUACAAUUUAAGGUUCAAAGGCUCCAAGACAACAAAUAAACAAAAAAUGAAGAUA